GUCCCUCAGAGAUUCACAGGCACAGUUGAGACAGUCUCAGGCACGUAUUGCCUUGAGGAGUGCCGCCAGAUGGCCUUGCGCCAUCGUUGUUCUCACGGUGAACUGGUAGAAUCCUCGGGGUUGUGGCGCACUCAGAAUAUCCUCGAAUUUGACUUUCCAUCGGCUCCGUUCGGAUGCUGUGUAAACCAUUACUCCGAGGUUACCAACUGUUACUUUUUUAACACAACGGUGAACGCCAGGCACUCCGACCGAUCCCCACAGUCUCCCAUGGGUGACAUGGGGGCGUGUUCCUACUUGGACGGUACGUGUACGCUGUCCGAUGGCUCGAUCCUGGUCUGGACACCUGAUGGUGGCAGAGAGUGGUCUUACACCAUGGUAGCCCGCAUGUCCGGCCACAUGAUGGGUGCCAUAUGGAUGAGUAACGACAAGGAAUUUGCCCUCUCAUGGAACGACCGUUCCCCAAGAGCGACUGAUUGCUUGAAGCAACUUAUAAUUACCGAUCAAGGGUAUGCUGUCUGGAUCUCCCAACGGAAAAGACGCCAGGUUUCGGAUUCGGUGGGCCUCGUAACAUCUAAACAAUUGGCAGCCCAACUUCUCGCGGUAGAGGGUGCGACACUUUCUUCCGUGAGCGUCCUCUUCCGUAACGCCUUGCGCACUUUAUGCGACCGCACGAAUAUCAUGACGGUCUCGCUUCACGCUGCGUUGGCGACCUCUCCGACUCCCACUAUGCGAGCUCUCUUGAAUCGUCAGGAUAUAUCGGCAACUCAUCUAGGCGGAGGUUAUGUCGAAGUCCGCCGCUGUGUAGCUCUUCCCCCUUCUUCAGUACGUCUUCUUCCCUUUAACACCACCUGUUAUAACUACCCACGGGCCGAGCUAAGUCUCCCCAGUGGAAUGACAAUGCAAACCUUCCUGGAUCCCGUCACCGGGGUUCUCCUCAAACAAGCUUCGACCGUUGACUGCAAAAAUGUUUCCCCGUUUGUUUUCGUUUCUCCCACGGGGCUACGUAACUUUGCCCCCACCAAAGGAACAUGGUCCACUACACCCUCGCGUGACAUUAUACCGAUCCCGUCACUAUCUCACUUAGCUGCAGUACCACUAGCACCUCCUCUUACAAUCUUUCAUAACCUUAUUUUGACCAAUUUCAGUGAAGUCACCAAUGAACAUCAGCUACGAGAGUGGUGGAUAGCACGGGACCAUCGCCGACUUCUCGAUCACUUCACUCACACGGACACAUCCGGGUUGGGACAGGCAGGACAAGCAACGUCAUCAACCGUACCGGCUGCUUCCCUUUUUUCUGUCUUUCCUUUCUCCUUUUCCUUUUUCGAUUUGUGGGUUACCAGCUGUUGCGGGCUUGUCACCCUCUCCCUAGUUAAGAAAUUAUAUUAUUUUAUAUCAGACUCCAUUCACCCGUUUGGUUACAUGGGCGGCAAUUUCCGGCGGCACCCGGCUUCACACCCCGAUUGGCCUCAUCGGAAUCCCCGGGUCUACACAGAGUAA